UUUCAGUAGGUGAGGAAUCGAAUCAAAGCACAGACAUUAUUCGGAAUCCAUAGAACAGGAAAUCACUGGCAGGAAGUUCUGACAGUCACAUCGCUACUUUUUAUUAAUCAGCGUUGGACUUUAACUAUAAUGGACCCAACCCUAAGAAUCUGAGAUCCACGCGGAGACCAACCUGAUCCUCACUGUACAUCUUCAGGCUUUUGGCCCAGCCUCAAUUUUAAGCCCCAUCAAAGACCGGCACAGUCCGGAGGUCGGGUCCUGUGCAGAGUCCUGGUCCUCGAGAGGAAAUGCGUCUUCAGGCUUAGCUGUCGCAUGUUAGGAACCCAGAGGACCUGAACUGAACUCGCACCCACCCAGCCAAAUCUCAGGAUGUUCAUAAACGUAACAGACUCCCACAAUGACAACGACACCUUCUCCUGCUAUGACCCCUCCGUGGUGGGGUACCGUUAUUUCGGGGUACUCUGGGGCUCCCUGGUGACGGUGGUGGGGACUGUGGGCAACAUCCUGACCAUACUAGCGUUUGCCACGGACCGCCGCCUGCGCACCAACUUCAACGUGCUCAUCGUGAACCUGGCCGUGGCGGACCUGCUCUACUGCGCCGCCCUGCAGCCCGUCAGCGUUGACUCCUACUUGAACCUGCAAUGGCGCGGUGGCGCCACCUGGUGCCGCCUCUUUGGCCUGCUGCUCUUCCUGUCCAACUCUGUGUCCAUCCUCACCCUCUGCCUCAUUGCCGUGGGUCGCUACAUCCUCAUCGUCCGCAGACCGCUGUUCCAGCGCCUCUUCUCGGGCCGAAGCCUGGCCCUCCUCCUGCUCUCCACCUGGUCCCUGGGGCUGGCCUGCUUCGCACCCCUGUGGCCCUACUACGUCUUCACGCAGCAAGUGUGCACCUGCAGCUUCCACCGCACACGUGGCCGACCCUACACCACUCUUCUCCUCUUCCUCUACUUCUUCCUCGGCCUGGGCUGCGUAGGGCUCUUCUAUCUGCUCAUCUACUGUCAGGUGCGACAGGCAUCAGGGGCGCUCAAGAAAUACCGGCUGAGCCGCCGUUCUUCCCGCAGGAAACCCACCGCCGCGGAGGGAGACAGCAGUAUGACCAGCGGCACGGUCACCCAGAGCAGUGAGCUCAGCAGCGGCUCAGCAGCAGCCCCGAAGCUUCCAAAGGAGCCUUCCGCAGACUCCGCCCCCAGUUCUACACCAAGCCCCGCCCCCCGGCCCACCCAAGAAGAGAAGCAGCGGCCCAAGCAGGAGGACGACGGGGAAUUUGCCCGGGUCACCCGCAUGUGCUUCACGGUCUUCAUCUGCUUCACCUGCUGUUUCGUGCCGUUCAUUCUGCUGAACAUCGCAGACCGGGCCAAUCGUGCCCCCCAGGCUGUACACAUGUUCUGCGCCAACCUCACAUGGCUCAACAGCUGCAUCAACCCAGUGUUGUACGCUGCCAUGAACCGCCAGUUCAGUCAGGCCUACCGGGCCCUGCUGAUACGCGCUGCCUGGCCCCUGACUGCUGUCUGUGGCCGCUAAGCCCCACCAUCCCUUAGUGUCCUGCUGCAGACUGGCCAGUUUGUCGUCAAGCUGAACCAUUCCAUUACAAGCUCUGUGUCUGUGUGGGCCAUGUCCAUUAAUAAUAAGCCAUUUUCUGCUUCCGAAAGCACCCGAUCUGUUAGGGGAGGGGUCUCUGCACUGCAAGGGGGAAACUCCAUCUCACCAAACACCUGCCUUCUUUCAUCAUGCUUCUGCUUUUCAACUGACCCAAACAACUCUAUUUAUUCAUCUUUGCUAAUACAUUAAUUACGAUUACAUGAGUUUAUUAGUAAACUUCUUUUUUUGACAAAGACCACAAUUUUAUUCACAGAUGCAACAGACAUCGAAAAAUACAAGCUAUGGAAGAUGCUCAGUGACCCCUAGGUGGACAUUAUUCCUAAGAGGUGUGAUUCAUAGAAACAGCAAACACAUCACACAUGUCAAAGUUCAGAAAAGAAUUUAUUGCAAUUUUUAAGACAUUAUUUAUAACAUGGUAGAUGUUCUCAAAAUCUAGCACAAGAGUAAAGAGUACAAAGUAAAUUUGAAUACCCCCUCUGAGACGACAGAAUAUCACAGUAACGUUAAAGUGCAUUAGUGGAAGGAGUGCAACGGGGGAUAACUAUGUGCACAAACAAGAGAUCACUCCUUCAAUCCGUGAAAAGAAUAAGUGGCUAUAUUACCAUGCUAUUUCCAUUCAGCACAGAAUGGUGCCUGCAACUGGAUGGAUGGAAAAAAGCAGGCAACUCCAGCAAGAAAGCAGACAAUGCAGAUAAACUUUAUGAUUCCUUUAAGGAGCCAAACGAUAACCAAUAACAAAUCGAUACAAUUUUACAUGGUCAGAGUAAACAUCGAUACUUCAGCAUUGCUUUUUUUAACUGAAAUUAUGUCAGUUUCACAAA